AUGGCAUUGGUGGGGUUACUUGCGAAGGCAAUCGGCCUUGGAGCAAUACUUCUCAUUACUCGAUAUGUUCUGGCUUAUCUACAAUCACCACUAAAGACUAUACCUGGUCCCUUCUUAGCCAAAUUCUCCGAUAUCUGGCGUUUCCUGAAUCACUAUGGACAAACUCACAUCGAGACACAGAGGCGACUCCACGAACAACAUGGCGACAUCGUUCGUCUUGGUCCCAACACCGUUAGUGUUGCUGAUGCUAGUCUGAUCAAGACCAUUUACAACACCCGUGGAACGUACUUGAAGAGCGAUUACUACACCAUUAACGAUGCCCUUCAAGACGGUCACAUCAUCCAGAACAUCUUCAGCACACGCAGCAACGAGUUCCAUUCCAAAGGUGUCAAGCCUGUUCAAAAGUUGUACAGUCUUCAAAAUGCUCUUCAAAUCGAAAGCAUUAUGGACGACGAUCUGCGUACACUAUGCACUCAACUUGACGCUCGCUUCGUGGAAGGUGCUAAAAAGGACAAGACAUGCGAUAUCGCUGACUGGAUCUCAUUCUUUGCUUGGGAUUUUCUGGGCGAUAUGACUUGGAGCAAGCGCAUUGGCUUCAUGGAACAGGGUACGGAUGUUGGCGAUAUGCUCGGGACCGCUGAACGUGUGAUGCGCUACUUCUCAGUAGUUGGUCAAAUUCCCUCUCUCGACAAAUGGCUUGGAAAGAACCCCAAUUGGCCACGCUCGCUAUACAAGUUCGAUGACUUCUCUGUCGCUGCCGGUUUCUCCGUGGAGCGCUUUAUGGAACGCAUGCAGAAACCUGAACUUGGCGAUGGGAAGAAAGACUUCCUCAAUGGCUUUCUCGAGGCAAAAAAGGAAUUUCCAGAACUUGUUACUGAUAAUGAGGUCAUUGGAUAUAUGAUCAUCAACAUUCUCGGUGGUGCCGACACCCUCGCCAUUGUGAUAAAGGCUAUCUUCUACCACAUCCUCAAGUCACCAGCCUCGAAAGCGCGCCUCGUCGAGGAACUCGUUGCUGCAAAUCUCUCGUACCCCGCACCUUAUACCACAAUCGAGCACCUACCUUACCUCGAUGCAUGCAUCAAAGAGGGCCUCCGUAUGCAUCCCGUUGUUGGCCAUAUUCUCGAGCGCGUCGUACCUGCAACUGGUCUCGCGUUACCUAAUGGAGAGACAUUACCGCCUGGAACAAUUGUCGGUGUGAAUCCAUGGGUCGUUCAUUACAAGGAGAGCGUCUUCGGCGCAAAACCCUAUGAAUUCCGGCCGGAGCGCUGGCUGCAAGGCGAACAAGAAGAGAUUGGCGCUUACGAGGCCAGGAUCAAGAAGAUGAAAGAUGUGGACUUGUCAUUCGGAGGCGGAAAUAGGAUAUGUAUUGGCAGGCCAUUAGCUCUGGUUGAAGUGUACAAAGUAGUUGCGACGGUGUUCGGUAGAUAUAAGAUUGAGCUUGAAGACCCGAGCAAAGAAUGGGAUCUUCACAAACAAUGGUUUGUAUGGCCGCAUGAUAUCAAGGUCAAACUCAACCCACUUGAGAGCAUCAGCGCACCCUGA